AUGAUGGGCUCCGUGCUCCCGGCUGAGGCCCUGGUGCUCAAAACCGGGCUGAAGGCGCCGGGGCUGGCACUGGCCGAGGUCAUCACCUCCGACAUCCUGCACAGUUUCCUGUACGGCCGCUGGCGCAACGUGCUGGGCGAGCAGCUCUUCGAGGACAAGAGCCACCACGCCAGCCCCAAGACAGCCUUCACCGCCGAGGUCCUGGCGCAGUCCUUCUCCGGCGAGGUGCAGAAGCUGUCCAGCCUGGUGCUGCCGGCGGAGGUGAUCAUCGCGCAGAGUUCCAUCCCCGGUGAGGGUCUCGGCAUCUUCUCCAAGACGUGGAUCAAGGCGGGCACGGAGAUGGGCCCCUUCACUGGCCGCGUCAUCGCCCCGGAGCACGUGGACAUCUGCAAGAACAACAACCUGAUGUGGGAGGUGUUCAAUGAGGAUGGCACAGUGCGAUACUUCAUUGAUGCCAGCCAGGAGGACCACCGGAGUUGGAUGACCUACAUCAAGUGUGCACGGAAUGAACAGGAGCAGAACCUGGAGGUCGUCCAGAUCGGCACCAGUAUCUUCUACAAGGCUAUCGAGAUGAUCCCGCCUGACCAGGAGCUGCUGGUGUGGUAUGGAAACUCACACAACACCUUCCUGGGGAUCCCUGGUGUGCCCGGGCUGGAGGAGGAGCAGAAGAAGAACAAGCAUGAGGACUUCCACCCGGCGGACUCGGCGGCAGGCACCGCGGGCCGCAUGCGCUGCGUCAUCUGCCACCGCGGCUUCAACUCGCGCAGCAACCUGCGCUCGCACAUGCGCAUCCACACGCUGGACAAGCCCUUCGUGUGCCGCUUCUGCAACCGCCGCUUCAGCCAGUCGUCCACGCUGCGCAACCACGUGCGCCUGCACACGGGCGAGCGCCCCUACAAGUGCCAGGUGUGCCAGAGCGCCUACUCGCAGCUGGCCGGCCUGCGCGCCCACCAGAAGAGCGCGCGCCACCGGCCGCCCAGCGCCGCGCUGCAGCCGCACUCGCCCGCGCUGCCCGCGCCGCACGCGCACGCGCCCGCGCUCGCCGCCGCCGCCGCCGCCGCCGCCGCCGCGCACCACCUGCCGGCCAUGGUGCUGUGAGCGCCGCGCACGCGCACGCCGCGCACGCGCUCCCCGCCUCCUCGCGCCCGCGCGCCCCGCCUCCCGCCUCCCGCCUCCAGCUCGUUGGGUGCGGGCCGGGCCUGUUCUCUCCUCGCUUGACACCCCCACCCCGGCCGCAGAGGGCCCGGCGCCCGGCGCUGUAGGUGCGUCCCAACAAGUGACCCCCUAGGCACACAGUCUGCGCUCCGUCUCGCAGGCGGGCCCUUCUCCCCUUCUGGCCACCUUACCCCCAAAGCCGGCUCCCGGGGAGGGACGAGGCACGAACAGGGUACAGUGUGCCGGGCAGGCCGAGCGCGAGGGCAGACGGAAAUCCACUGGGGCACCCGAGGAAGGCCCUCUUGGGGCCUCAGUUUCCCCCUUCCCCAUCCGUAAAAUGAGAUAGUUGGAGCCAUGUCUCCUCCCCUUCAUCUCUGACUUCUUGCUCAGGGAGGAGAAGCGUCUCUUCCCCUCCUGGCCACACUCCUGCGGGAAGAGGGCAAGACUGGCUUCUCGGCGGAGAAAGCACUUCCAGGCAGUGUGCGAUCCUGGUGGUGGGGGCGGUGGGGGGUGCCCGCCCCGCCUACCCACACCCUCCCUUGCCUCCUCCCGAGUCUCCCCAAACUCUGGCCGUGGGCGCCCUCUGGUGUCUCCUGUCCCACCUUGCAGUCAUGUACCAGAACUCCCGAAGGGCGUUUUGUAAAAUAAAGAAACUAUAAUAAUAAUGAAAAGUAUAAAAUGUAUAGAGUUUUCAAGAAACUGUGUUCUACUUCCAGAAAAUGGUCACUUUAACUUUGUAAAUAUUUAUCUAAAAUGAUAUUUACGAAACUGUGAUAUAUAUUAUUUGAUUGUAUAUGUACAACUGUAAAUACAUUUGUACCUCUCUUGUAUUCUAAAAUAAAAAUUACU